CAUGACAACUUUGUAAAUAAAUGGAGUCGAUAGCUCCGAUAUACUGAUUUAGGAAUAAAAACAAUCGUUUAUCUACUUCUUUUCAUCACGUCGAGCAAGAUGCAUUUGUUAUAUAGAUUGAUAUAGAAUAAAAAAUCCUUACUAUUGGAAAUGUAUGCGAAUUGAUUAAUCCGAUCUAAACAAUAGUGUGGUAUCCCCUGGAAAAUGGCACGUACAAAGCAAACGGCCCGCGAGUCAACAGGAGGCAAAGCUUCACAAAUGCCCAAUGAGGCCUCAGGAGGCGCCCAAGGGCAACAAGAUGCUCCGUUACCCCCAUCCUUACCACCACCAUCCAAGAAGAAGGGCAAAGGAGCACCACAACUCACAGAGAAGGCAGAGUUGAAUGUUGACUUUGGUAAUGAUUUUAAUGAUGAGGACUCAGACGAGCCCUAUUUCAGUGAGGACGAAGAUGAUGAAGAUGACAAUUUGACGGAGGCUCUGAAGAUACCGCGUCUCAAGAAGACUCCUGUUUCAAAGUUCAAGUCUGUCAACCUAGCUGAUGUUAUAUCUCCGCAAUCCUUGCAGAAACAGAAGCAAAAGCUCACCAAAAUCAUGGACCCAGUUGAUCUCACCAGAGCAGAUAUUUUGGAGUCAACAACAGACUUUGGUUCUCUAAAUCUUCAGUUUUGUUUGAGCUUCCUUAAGACUCAGUGUCGAGAGUCUGAUGUGACAGGCCUCAAGUUCAGCGGUACGGACCAGCUGACUGAUGCCGUCUGGUACAUUCUCGCCAAGUGGGACCUUGUGUUUAAGGAAGUCACCCAUGUCUCACUUAUGGGUUGCUACAAUUUGACCAAUGCAGGAGUUCGCUGGAUGACAAAAGUGUUUACUGGAGUUCAGUAUAUAGAGCUUGCAGGCUGUCCCCAUAUAACGGAAGAGUCCAUUGAAUUCAUUAUUAGGGCGUGGGAGAGGUCACUAGUGCAGAUUGACCUUUCUGCCACAGGCCUUGGAAUUUUGCCCCCAGGGUAUGAGGGAAGCAUCAAAAUAGGGGGCUGCCCCUUAAUCUCCCCUACAGAGCCCAUCUACACCGAUAUAAAGGUCACAAACAAUGUAAAGAUGAAUCGACCUACGUUUUCUGCAUCUGGGUGCAAGUUUGUCCUUCUCACUGAUGACGCGAUGCCCUGGAGUCCUAUUGCUGUUCUCCUCGGGGAAAAUGACAUCAGCAAAAAAUCUCUGCUCAGGAUUGAGGCAAAUGCGAAACUUGGUGGUGCCACUGUGAACAUGUUUGAAGUUGCUAUGGAUUUGGGUCUAACUGACAUGUUCCUGAGUAAAGCCAGCGUGGUUGUGAUGUCAUACCAGUUUUUUUCCGAUGGCCCUGACUGUGAUUAUCCUGAUGUCCUUGUUAACAACAUUGCCAAGGUCAUCUCCAAGUGUCCAGAUGUGGUGAUCGUGCUGCUUGGGUUAACUUCUGACACCGACCCAGGCUUGAAGGAUAUUGCUGACAGAUAUAGGAACCAGGUUGCUAAGCAACUAGAAAACAAGGGACGUAAACUUGAAGGCAUACUCGAUGAGAGCAUGGGUCGAGACCAGAUGCAGCGACGGCUUCACUUCUUUGGUCAGCAGCACCUGGUUGCUGGGAGACGGUUGUAUGAUACAGUAGAGUCCAUCAUCGGUUCCUCUAACGAUGUCUGGAAUAAAGGCAACGACGCACCUCCUCGUCUUAUCUCUACCUGGAUGAAUGUUGAAAACAAAGACCCAAAAUCAACCAUUCAAAAGCUUGUAGCCGAUGUGAAAAAGUCAUUCAAUCAUCAUCUUUUCUGGUACUUUACCCCAUUUCAAGAGGAGAUGAAGGCUGCCAUUGACGCCUUGAAUAAUACCAAGUUCAAGGCCACAAGUGUCAAGGACAUUGCCAAGGAGACAUCUGAGAAAAACGAAAUUUGGAAGAGCUUUGCCUCAGAUAGUGCAAGAGUUUCUUCCAUGGUUGGAAAAGUAAUGGAUUGUAUGAGCAACUGGGGCCAACUGCUGUACUUCUCUGACCUUUCCGAAGCUUGUGGAAUCUCGGACUACCCUUUCCUACAGGAAGUGAUUCUCAAGCUACAAAGCCCUCCCAGCAAAGCAAACUGGAGGUUCUUUGGCACAAGUAGACCCUGUUGGACCUUGAAGGACCUUCAACAGCUGAUACCCAACGAAAGGGAGCGUGACCUACUUCUGGAAGUAUUGGAGAGCCAGGGGAUGAUACUCUGUCUUCCCCGAGACGCCUGGUGUGCUGAGCUGGAAGACACGAGGGUGUAUGUUCUCUAUAAACAUCUGCCCUACUAUCCAAACAUUGACUUGGGUGAGAUUUGGCCAGAAGCUGUGCCGGACAAUCAAGCCCAGGUGGAGAGAUACCUGACGUUCUUCCCAGGAUUGCCUGAUCUCUUCUUUCCUCAUCUUAUCAGGUCAUGCCUGAAGCUUGGCGGGGUGCUGGUUCUUUGGAACAAGGGCAUAAUACUACAGAAGGGACCUGUUCUUGUGCUGAUGGAGUUACUCACUGAUGUAAACAACCAGCCAACCCUGUUCUUUGGUGUGAGGCUGAUAAACUGCUCCGAGGAUGAACUGGUUACUGGGCAGCAUCCUCUCAUUGACAUACUGUGGGGCAACUUCAAGCUUUACCGAGCCAUUUUACAGGACAUUGUACUGCAGCACGGUCUUUAUGCCUAUGACACAAUACCAUGCAGGACAUGUCUCCCCUCUAAAAAUCGGUACAAGACGGUGAACGCGCGUCUGCAAGAAGUGUGGCGGGUGAGCGAACAACUGAUGAUGGCUCGGGAAAUGCAGGCUCGGGACGUUUUCUGUCAGAACGAUGGCGCCAAACUGGAGAGAUACACUCUUGGAGCACAAAGAUUUUCCCUUAGGGACAUAGUACCAUCGCAUCAUUACCUCGGAUGUCUACCGACAUUCAGCGCAUAUAAUCGAUGUUUGCUUUGUGGAUGUUGCGCAUUUGAGGGGCCAUUUUGUCCCGGAAAUUUGACCAAUGGAAAAACAGCCCAAAACUGCAGCUGUGAUAGGGAAGGACAGAUGUGCGACUAUUGUGGCAUGUGUCAACGAUGUGUCAACUACCUAGCUGGAGUCGAAGGUCGAAUAUCCCCGAAGUUCCAGCGGUCUGGCAGUCUUGUUAACCUCAAUCUGAACCUGAACCAGGUACGCGGGUACACGUGCGAACAGGAAAUGAGCCCUAACUACUCUCCAGUCGUGGAGAUAGUUCCUGUACGAGGAGCUGCGUUCUUCAUUGACAUCAAAAUAGGUUCAAUCAAGCUGAUUUAUGAGACCAAUACUGGGAAGAUAGUGGAAGAAAUGUCAGGUGGGCGCCAGAAUGUUCUCAGUGAGAACAAAGACUACCGAUGUAGAGAAAGAGACCGAAUAACACUGAAGCUUGACUUCUGCCAGGAGGAUUUUGAUGAUAUGUUGCUCACGAUUAAUCUCCAUGGCAAUAGGAUAUUCAAAUACAAGACAUCUACGCAGACCUGCCAGGUUAUUGCCCGUAGCGAUAUUCCUGCGACAGCAAUUGUCUACAUGCCUAGGUCGAAGAGAGUUUAUCCUCCUGGAUCUGAUGAGUAUGGAGAAAAAGUGAUGUGCUCCUUUACCCCAAAGAUAAAGCAGAAUAUUGUUGGAGAAAAGACCUUACUUGAGAAGAAACACAUCUUUAUAAGCCACGCACCCUCCGACACGAAGGAAGCUGACCAAAUCAAGAAUAAACUCAAUAGAGAAGGGUUGUUCUGCCUGUCCAGUCCCCAGCAUCAAGGAGGAGAUACGAUGGAUUCCUGGACUGCGAUCGCCAUUGAAAAUGCACAUAUGUGUAUAGUGUGCAUCUCGAAGGCCUACAGGGAUACAACCAUUUGUAAACGAGAGGGUGAGUUCAUAGUUCUCAAAACAAAGAAUAAAAUUGUGGUGUCCUUCGAAAAAGGCUACGAAACCAGCAGCUGGCUCCCAGCCUUAGGAACAACAGAGAGAGCACCAGUCAGCUUUAUUGACAAGCAAGCAUUUGACGAUAACUUUGCCCACUUGAUGAGAGAUAUUAAACCCUUGGCAGGCAACAUCAUGACAACCGGUGCAGAGGUACUGAAGAAACUCGAACAUCUCGGCAAUACAGAUGAUGUAUGGUAUGGCGUACACAGCGCCAUGGAGGCCAAACUACUGGCGGGGAAAAGACUUAUUGAGAAUGCACUGUUUCAGGCUGGAGGGAUCAACUACUCUGGUUCAACAUUCCUGACCUUGCCGGCGGAGAUCUCUGAGACCAUUCUUCAAUACCCCACCCACCAAGCAUUUGUUGAGAAGAUGAUCAUGCACCUUCUCUGCUACACAAGAAGCAAGAUCAGCGAUGCAAUGUCAUUUGGGGGAGGUCAGGCUGUGCCAGAGUCAUGGAGCGUGUAUCGCAUGAUUCACUUGAUGGACAGCCCCGGGAUGGAGGUGGAGACAUUUGCAUGGAAGAAUUAUGUCAAGGAGUGUGGCAACCUUCUCUGGGGAUGGGUCCUCAUAUACAAGAUGCUACCCAGGGUUGAACUGCCAAAAGGAGGCGUGCAAUUUGUUUCCAAGGAGGUAACGGACAAACUGUCCCCAAUUCAGGUUGAGUGUGGGUUGCGGGCUCUGAUUGACCUGUCCUACUGGAACAUUCUGGCCCACCUACAGCCUCUUCUCAUUCUCCCCAUCUAUGAGGACAUGACAGAGCUUCUUCGAAUGUCACAGUACCUGCAGAAGGUUGCCAAAAUCAACCAAGCGGAUCUGGGAUGUGUAAAGGUCGAGAGUACACUCAACACAGGAAAUAUCCUGUACAUUUGUGAGGGCCACCAUGCCUCAGUCAAGAUAGAUGAAGGAUUUGUUAAUGUUCUACCAGAGGUUUACGGCAAAUACAGCCACUUCCUGCUGUCUGUGGAUAUUCCUGCCAAUAAGAUCACAAAACUGCCAUCCAAGAUGUUCAAGGCUCUCCCAAACCUGGCAGAGUUUGACUGCUCAAACAACUUCCUGGACAAAAUACCAAGCACCAUUGGCUGUUGUAAGAAGCUGUACAGUCUAUCAUGUGCCACAAACAACCUGGAGAAUCUCCCAGAAUCCCUCACACAGUGCAAGGAGAUACACAGACUGGAUAUAUCAGAAAACACCAUGUCUGUCUUCCCUCCAGUUGUGACAAAGCUAACCAGUCUGAGGCGUAUCUAUGCCAACUGCAUGUUUCUCGCGGCGCUUCCGGAAAAUAUCGGCGAUCUUGUUCAUCUUGAGAAACUGUAUGCAAACGGAAACUGUUUCUCCUCCCUGCCAAAGAGCUUCACGAAGUUACAAGCCCUGAAUGACCUUGGCAUGUAUGGAGUACCAUUAUUACCUGUGCCAAAAGCGAGGAAGGUGAUGUCAUAUGACCAGUUCAUGUCAAAGAUCAAGAUGUGGAAGCUGGAUCGCUGGCUGAACGACCCUAAACACACCUCGGAAAAGGAAAGGAUGUUCCAGUAUUUUGACAAGGAUAAUAAUGGAGUCUUAGAUGCUGAUGAAGUCUGCAAACUGAACGCCUACUUGUUCAACCUGUUUCCAAGAUUCGGAUACAAAGGCUCUGCCCCUCCAGAUGAUGACACACCCAGUGGUUUCCCGAUGGAGUUGCUGGAAUGUAGAAGCCUGGAGUAUAUCAAUCUGUAUUUCCAUGGUUUUGUGUCCAUUCCUCCGGAGAUCGAGAACCUACAGGAGCUCCGCAUGUUAAAUGUCAGCAACAACCCAAACCUGCUUUCGGUGCCUGCGGAACUUGGGAAAAUCUCCACACUCAUACGUAUGGAUUUUGAUUCCUGUGCAUCCCUCCAUACACCUCCGAAGGAGAUCCGAGCAAAGGGAUUCUCCGUGAUGUAUGCUUACCUCCGCAGCAUGAUCAGUGGCUCCGUGCCUUGUAAACGUACAAAACUGAUGCUUGUAGGACUGGGAGGGGCAGGCAAAACAAGCUUGGUGGAAGCUCUAAUGUCCAAAGAUGGAAAGGCCAACUUAUCCCAUGGAGAAGCUAUCACUGAUGGUAUCGACAUUUCCAACUGGACUGUUAGACAUGAAGAUGAGUCUCUUACAUAUAGCGUCUGGGACUUUGCAGGUCAAACAGUAUACUACAACACGCAUCAGUUUUUCCUGUCAAACCGAGCUGUGUAUCUGCUGCUGUGGAAUGUCAGACUGGGGUACGAGCAUGCUGGUCUUGAUUUCUGGCUCAGUUCCAUAUCAGUGCAGGCCCCUAAAGCCCCGAUAUUUGUCAUAGGCUCACAUGUUGAUCAAGUGAGCAAGUUUGAGAUUCCGAUGAACGAGAUGAGAGAGCGCUACAAACAGAUUGCUGGGUUCCACUUUGUCAGCUCAUAUACAGGAAAGGGAAUAAUGGAGUUACAGCAGAAGUUAUUCAGUGUCACCCUGGAGCAGCAGUACAUGGGAGAACAGAUACCUGAAGUGUGGUUACAGUUUGAAAACAAUGUCAUAGGGACUCGGUCAAAGAGCAAUGUGAUGGAAUAUACAGAAUUAGAGAAACUUGCAAAUAUUUCUGGGAUAUUCGAUAAAAUUGAGGUCCACCAGGCCGUUCGGUUCUUGCAUGACCUUGGAAGCCUUCAGCAUUUUACUACUGAGAAACUAAAAACAAAGGUGGUAAUCAACCCACAGUGGAUCGUAGAUGUGAUGGCCUGUGUAGUAUCCGUAAAAAACUCACCAAUACAGAAUGGGCGUUUAAAUCACUCAGACAUUGGAGUGGUAUGGAAAGAUUACCCUGCUGACCUUCAUGACUGGUUACUGGAACUCACCGAAGCAUAUGACCUCACAUUCAGGCUAGAUGACAAACCAGUCAACCUGGUACCCUGCUUGAUGCCUGAAAAACAACCAGAUUUUCAGUGGGAGGAUGUGGAAAAGAAUUCAGGGAUUAAGGAAAACAAGAUGAUCUACAAGUUUGACUAUCUGCCGGCCGGCCUUUUCAACAGGGGACAGGUACGGUUGCACCAGAUCUCGGACAGCGCCCAUAUCUGGAAACGAGGCUCAUUUUUACACAAGAAUGGUCACAGGGCGGUUUUGAUACAAAACAGAGAGUCAGAGCUGAUCCUUCGUGUCCAGGGUCCUCGGCCAGAGAAUGUGAUUUUCCUGGUGCAUGAAGUAUUCGAGGGUCUCAUCUCCGAGUCUUUCCGCGGCGUUACCUACGACUUCCAGAUACCUUGUCCUAAUUGCCUUGCUGCUGGUGUAAAGGACAUGCACAUGUUCUCUGCGUCAACAAUCCGUCGAGCCAUUGCUCUGAAGUCCCCGUUCCUGCAGUGUGUCACAUACUUCCAUGUGACCUCGUGUAAUGACCUCUUAGCGAGUAUGCCUCCAGACAGCCACAGUGACUUUGACAUUCACCUGGUGCAGUCCAUACGCAGCCUGAGGGAUUUGAGGAAAGACUUAGCAGCAGAUCUAUUUUUGUCCUACUGUGCAAAGGAUGCCCCCAAAAGUAGGAAAGGAAUUAUCCAUCCAGCCCAAGUGUGUGAAGAUUUAAGACAGGCCAAUUACAAAUGCUGGUUUCCGAAACCUGAAGAAAAAAUGUCAGCAGAGGAGAUGGCCCACUCCCUUAGCGACGCAGCGGUGUUUGUCGUGUUUAUGUCCGUCAACUACGCACAAGAUAAAGAUUGUGUUGACCUCUUCAAGUUCGCAAGACUCACGCUCAAGAAGCCAAUGGUCGUUGUUGCAGUUGGGGAAAAUUUUGAUUGGAAAAAAGGCGUUGGCGUUGGAUUUAUUCUUGCUGAUGAGGUGUUCGUGAACAUGAUCAAUUCUAAGGUCGGUGUGUAUGAUACAAAGUUGAAGGAACUGAAAGAGACGAUCGCAUCUAGGAUGACGGGGAAAGUGAGCAUGGGCGUUAAGCCACCGUGCUUCUUCAGCUACACAUGGGUUAACUCUGCUAAUGCUGUCGCACAGGGAACCAGGAAGUUGGACAAUGCUUUAGGGUAUGCAGAUCCCCGUGGAAUACGAGACUUUUUGGAGGAAAAUAAUGUUAAGUGCUGGAUUGAUGUGGAACAAGUUGGAAAGAAUGGCCUGUUUGAUGAUAUAUCCUCUGGCCUGCUAUCUGCGCGUGUGGUAGUCGUGUGUGUCUCAGACCAGUACGCAGAUUCUGAGACCUGCCAACGGGAGUUCCGUUACGCAGCCAACACCCUCGGCCUUCCUGUAAUCCUUGCUGUUGUCGGCAAAGGCAAUAGGUGGAGAAAUUCGGAGGUGGGUGUCCUUUCCCUGAAAUACCCGCUUGUGAGUUUCCAAGAGAAAAGUGACACUGCAUACGAAAAUCUGCUAGCUCUAGUCCGUCAAGAGAUCGAGUCCCAGGGACCCACCAAGGAGCAGAAAAACGCCCAGAAUGAUGAAACGAAAAACAUGUCCUUCACCGAGCUGUUCGAACUUGCCCAGAGGAAGCUGCUUCGGCAACUGAGCCUUUUUGCCGAGAAUCAAGACAUUGGGGCCUACCCCAGACUGUUUGUUGUGGACUUCCUGAAACGAACACUCGAUGAGGAUGCAGAUAAAGACGAAACUGAAGAUACAAAAGAUGAAGUUGAGGUCGAAGAAAAGAAGAGUAAGCCGAAACUGCUGAAGAGAAUGUCUUCUGUGGAUCAACAUACCUUCACGAAGAAAAUCUCUGAGCUGAAGGCUGCUUUCAGAGUUCAGCGCUACUGUCUGCACAUUCUGUGUGAACACGAAGAGGGUUGGCACAGUGUAUCUGAUCCAAUCUCCCUCCCCCAUGACUUUGGUGAGACGCUUCUGGAUCGAUACUCUCCGUUUGUGUCCCGUAUGCUGGCAGUGAUGAAGUUUAACAAGAACUUCUCGCUAAAUUGUCUACAGCACGAGAUGGGAGAUGAUUACUUGAAGUGGCUCGAAGAGAGCCCGGCAGCAAACAUAUCAGACUACCAACAAAUCUACCAUGACUUCCGUCAGAUUGUUAAGGACCUAGAUGAAGACACUCAAAAGGCCAUGGGCAAACUCUCCAGAUGUCGGCUUCAAAAUGGAAAGACCAUAUGGCUUUGUAACCAACAUCUGACCUCGAUGAAGGCGACUGUACUCAGCAUGGAUGACGGCUCGUCAGAGGGUGGGGAGAAGGUGCUCGCAGAUGAUCAGAGGCUCGUACAAUCCUUGCGAGCUUUUCCUGACGCUGACCUCGAUAAAGUGAGGGAAGAGUUUCAGGCCACAAAACUCUCAAAGAGGAAUCCAGAUGCCCUGAACACGGCAGUGGCCGAGUCUAAAGUGGUGAGUGUCCACCCAGGCCAAGCUGUGAAACCAACAAAGUAUGCCAUGCCGCAAACUGAGUCUGAAAAGGAGAAAGAAGUCGAAAUACAGCAGAAUCAGAACGAUUUGAUGGAAAAGAAAUCCGUCCAUAAACAAGAAGAGGCUUCACUUAAUGUUGAACUUGAUUCAGACCUCGUGAGAAACGAGGCCAAGUUCAACCGGAGAAGGGAAUACAGUUUCUCAAUUGGAGGGGAUGAAGAGGAAGAAAAUCAAAAGGAGACAAUCGAGGCCAAGUUCAACAGGAGAAGGGAAUACAGUUUCUCAAUUGGAGGGGAUGAAGAGGAAGAAAAUCAAAUGGAGACAAACGAGGCCAAGUUAAACCGGAGAAGGGAAUACAGUUUCUCAAUUGGAGGGGAUGAAGAGGAAGAAAAUCAAAUGGAGACAAACGAGGCCAAGUUCAACCGGAGAAGGGAAUACAGUUUCUCAAUUGGAGGGGAUGAAGAGGAAGAAACUAAGAAAAUCGAGGGAACCAAAUCACAGACAAGAGAGAGGCUGGAAAAAGCAAAACCUAAAAGCAAAACUUGUUCAUUAAUGUGAUUUUGCAUGGAGGGAUUUUGCGUGGAGUGAAUGGGUCAGCUGUGUGGUUGCUUGAGCUUUGUAAAUAUUGAUAUAAGUGGAGUUCAAUGUACAAUGCUAACAGUGCACAAGUUUUAGUAACUGAAAUCAUGAUUCUCUAUUACUUUUAUUACAUAAUUUAGCAUUGAUCUUGAAUUGCUCCUUACAUUUCAAAUCACUAUGUAUUGUUGAAAUUCAAUUCCUCUAUUUAUUUGUCCCUUUUCAUGUGGUAGUGUUGAUCCAGAUUUAGUUAAUUGACAAUCAAUGAAUACACUCCAUUGGCAAAAUAUAAAUAUAUUACUUAUAUAUUAUACAUAUGUUUAUUUUCAUAUAUUACAUAGUCCCAGACUUCUUCAGAGAAAAUCUGACAUUCAAUUCGCAUGAACUGCUUCAAGCAUUAUGAUAUCAUUGCUUAUUUAAUAGCUGAUAUCCUUUUGGAUAUCAUUGCUUAUUUCAUUGUUGCACUCCUAUUGAGUAAAACCACUCAUCGCAACAAAAUUCCGUUUUUUUUUAUGAUUUGAAUAUAAUGUCACAUCCUUGAUGUUAAGGUUAUUGAAACCCAAAGUUGGCACUCGGGUUAUGAGUCAAGAUCAAUCCUUAACCUGCAAAUCUUAAACUUGACCUUCUGUAAAAUGAUGUAUGAUGCUUUAAUAUUGUCUAAAUUCUACUAAUUUCUUGAAUUGAAUGUGUACCCAUUUAAAUUUCAUAUGUCAGGUCUAUUUAUAUCUGAUUAUAUAACUUCCCAGUGUAAUUUGAUGAUAUGUCAGGGUUUUUUUAUAUCUGUUUAUAUAACCGCACAGUGUAACUUUUGUUAUCAUGUCCGUUCGAUUUCCAUCCAGUCUAAUCUGAUGCUGUCAUGUCUGUUUAUAUUUCCAUCCAGCAUGAUUUGAUGCUAUGUCAUGUCUGUGUAUAGUACCGUCCAGUGUAAUUUGAUGCCGUGUCAUGUCUGUGUAUAGGACCGUCCAGUGUAAUUUGAUGCCGUGUCAUGUCUGUGUAUAGUACCGUCCAGUGUAAUUUGAUGCCGUGUCAUGUCUGUGUAUAGUACCGUCCAGUGUAAUUUGAUGCCGUGUCAUGUCUGUGUAUAUUACCGUCCAGUGUAAUUUGAUGCCGUGUCAUGUCUGUGUAUAUUACCAUCCAGUGUAAUUUGAUGCCGUGUCAUGUCUGUGUAUAUUACCAUCCAGUGUAAUUUGAUGCCGUGUCAUGUCUGUCUAUAUUACCAUCCAGUGUAAUUUGAUGCUGUGUCAUGGCUGUUUAUAUUACUGUCUAGAAUCACUUCAUGCUGUGUCAUGUCUGUGUAUAGUAAUCAGUGUAAUUUGAUAAUCAGUCCAAGUCAUGUUAUUCUUAGUCAGUACAAUGUUGACAUUUGGCCAUUUCUUGCAGUAAGCUUUGUUAAGUCUGAUAGGUAUGGCGCAUGUAUUGAUUUUGACAUAUAUAGUUCCAAAUUGGUUUUCCCACAUGACAUCGUCAACAAAUAGGAUUCCUGACUAGAAAAACUGGACAUUUUUAUAUUUUGUGAAACAUUUUGUUUUUGAGGGUAAACGUUAUACAAAUUUUAAAAUUUAUAUACUGAUAUUUUUUUUAUUUCUUACACUUAUAAUUUUUUGUGAAUGUCUUAUAUUCAUGAUAUUGUCUGUGAUAUACAUUAAUAUUCCAUGGAAUCAUGUUUACCUCAGAUGAUUUUUUUAUUUACAUUUUGCCAAUGCAAUGACUUGUAUUAAGUGUAAUAAUUAGGCUGAAUUAAUCAAAACUGGGAGUAACAUGUUCAACCCUUGACAAUAUAUUAGUUAUCUCUGGUGUACAUAUGCCUUCGAGUAUUUAUAAGGCAUAUCAAAAUAUUGUUUCCAUUUCCCCCGACUGACCCUCAUAAGUUAUUUUUGUUUAUUAUUUUUGGAUGAACUUUUGUGAGUUACCAGUAUUUGUACCAAAGAGACAUGUAAAUGGUUCAAGACAGGAUAUAUGAUUUAUUAUAUAUUCUAUGUAUGAGGCAAUGAAAAGAGGUGUAAAAGGUGUAUGUUUGAAAGAAAAAUAGUCAUAGUUUUUUAACCUUCCAUUAGUCUUAAUAUAUUGCAUCCUUUCUCUGUUUGAGGUCAACAUUUUUCAGACCACCAUCUAUGUACUAUUGUGCUCUUUAUGAUUUGUUUGUGAUAUUUUAGUACUUUUAAUUGAACAAAGAUAAAAUAUUGUUCUUGAAGAAAGAAACUGCGCAUGCAAAAACAUCUUGGUUCUAACAAAACUUAAGUAACUUAUGAUUUUUAAGUUUGUUUUUUUUGUUUGUUUUUCUUUUGAAAACCAAGCGUUCAGGGAUAAUGCUAUUCAAGAUUUAAUCCUGAUUUCAGGAUUUCACCUUCAGACUAUCAGACAGCAUUUUUUUCUGGUUUGAUGUUGUUCUCUUCAGGCUGUUAAACUGUUCCGUCCAGCAUUUUGCUAUCCACCAAAUUGUGAUACAACGUAUAUAUAAAUGUAUAUACACUGUAACCACUUUGUGAUAUUUAAGUUUUGUUUACUCAAAUUGUGAUAUUUAAGUUUUGUUAACUCAAAUUAUUAUACAUUACUUGUACAUGUAUACAUGCGUCUUUACAUAUUUUGUGAUUCUUUAACAAUACAUUUCAAAACAGACUAAAAUGGAAACUUGGGUCGUUGGAAACAUGGGCUCACUCGAGGUUUAGGCUCGGGGCCCCAGCGUCCUUGAACAAUCUGUUUUACUGUCUGUAGAUCAAAUGCUCACUUACGCAUUGACGUAAAGAAAUAAUCUAUUGUUAUUGUCGUUUCUGUCUGUCAUAUUAGAAAAUUGAAAUAAACUACAUUUCCUCAA